AUGGCCCUCUUUGGGGAAAACAAUGUAUACAAGGGACAGACACAGCCCUUUCCCUUUCCUCCUUUAGGCUCUGCCUACCGUCCUUCCAACGAAUACUUGUUUUGCCGGAUGAAGCGUUGCUCUUGCGAUUCGUCCAUCGAAUAUACUACAGUACACUUUGAAUGCUAUCAGAUAUUCCUCAGAGUCUGUGAUUUUGGGGAAUUACAACAAGACUAUGUGCUGCCAAAGCUAUGGAUCUCCACUACGUGGAGGCUCCCGUGGAAAAAUGCAUUCUUCAUGCCCGCAUCCGAAACAUAUAUACCAACAAGUCCGAAAAGUCUUGAGCUAUCUGGUCAACUCUUUGGAGUAACCUUCCUACAUAGACUUCCUCUGGAACUGGUGCUCGCCAUUUGGAGAGAAUCUAAAGAUUCCUUGUUCUGGAGGUGCAUGUCGAUCAUCCGUAUGGUAACCGAGUUUGAGACGGGUACAUGGCAGAUACUGGAGCACACUCCAGUUUUCCGUUGCGUCGCCAGGAAACCACUUGAUCUAAUGGCUCGAUUUGCAGCUCUGGCGUGUCCGGUUACCAAAGUUACGAUUGACCAAGAAGGCAUCAAGGAGGUGGAACGCCUCAGUUGCAGGCCCCAGUAUGCAGGAGAGGUCCAUAGCGAUUUGACUUUUAUCGUCGAAGAGGGGGCGUCGUUGCACGGUAUCGAAGCACAGCUCCAGGUGUUAUGCGAUGGACGACUACGUCUACAAACUACGCAAAUCCAACACAAGUACCCUUAUAUAUGGAACACCCCAGCUCCCCCUCGCUUCUCAUUAUGCAAUGCCCAAAUACCCGAUGUAUUUGAAACAUGGCGGCUCCAGGUCGUGAAUACUCAGAAAAUCAUAGGCAUCACCUUCUUCUUUCUCGAUGAUAAGUUGUAUGAUCUUUACAUUCACGACUCGGAUGAAUCAAAUGCAAAUGCGCUGUAUGAGCAGCUCUCGCCAGACGUGCAGAGAGGCGCUUUCUGGAUAUACUUGCCGAUCGGAACUACAGACAGGAUACUUGUUCUUGGAACUCGAUUUAUUUCUCGCAGUGAGUACAAUGUUCUUGUUCGCAUGGAGAAGGCAGGAGAUGUUGUCAUCGGGAGGAACUGCUUCUUUAGUGAAGACGACUACCACCAUGACGGUCUAUUGCCUGAGGACUGGCCAAGUUCUCGUGCGGACCAAUGA